CGAGAUCCCUCACGAUUGAAACUGCGGCGACUAAACCCCUUUCGGUCAGGGCACCGCAAGAAGCCAACUCACAAGCGGGAGCCAGCUCUCAGUCUCUCGCGGAUACGCGGGCGAAGCUCUCAGACCAUUGUCUCCACCAUUGGAUCAUUUUCAUCUUCCCUCCUUUCGUUGCUUCUCAUCACUGGGGGACCAUCGACUCACUCCAGUCCAAUUCCUCCAUGUCCAGUCGAUCUCGCACAACAUGCGCCAAACCCUCCGCCGGUCCUGUGCUGCGUGUGCAAAGUCUAAACACAGUUGCGACCUCCGCACGCCGCGGUGCUCCCGCUGCAUCAAGCGCAAGGUUCUGUGCGCCUACGCCAACGAACCCCUGACGGCUGCGCCGGCAGCCUCCGGGUCCGUACCGGGGGGUAGCGCAACAUCGCCGCCGGGACCUCCGCUGGACGGAUCCGGUGCUUUGACCAACUACAGAUUCGGCUCUCUUGAUCCUUUUGACUCUUAUCCUCAGACCAGACUUCCACGGGAGCAAGUGCAGCGUCUUAUUCACAGUUUUCUCCACAAGAUCGCGUUCGAAUACUACCCUCUAGACUUGAACGCGACGUCAAAUCCAUUCCUCGUCUCCUGGUGGCCAUUAGCCCUGGGCGAUCCGGCAUUAUUUCACGUCUCUUUACAAACAGCAUGUCUCGACGAAGAGUUGUUGGCUCAAAAAGGAUUCCAGUCAUCAGAGAUCCUGAUGGCGGAUUCAGUUGCUCUACUUCGCCGGAAGGUUCAAGACGACUCAAUGGCAAUCCAAGAUGGAACCAUGAAUUCCGUCAUCACUUUAGCAGCUAUCGAGUUUGGUAAAGGCAACAUCCAAGUGAGCGAAAUGCACGUUGAUGGAGUGAAACGACUUGUCAAUAUGCGGGGAGGGAUCAAUGCAGUAAGGCAAACUAGUCCUCUUACCGCGAGAAUGGUUAGCUGGGUGUCGAUGAUCGUCACCGGAUUGCCACAAUUCGAAACGCAAAGCGAUGCGGGCGUUGGCGACGGAGUGCCUAUGCCUCCGGAGUGGCAGAUAGACCCAACUGUGUCGGACAGUAAUCUGUCCCAUCUUGGCGAUAUCGAGAUCGAAAACGAGGUCGAAAACGUGUUAUUACGGCUUCGAAGUAUUUUCCGACGCGCGCAGCAAGUACCGCUACGACUGACAAAACUACACGAUCUUUCAUGUUUCGUCAUACACCGACUUUUGCUACCAGUGCCAGAACCAGCAGAGCCUCGCUCAGCAACUAGUGAAAGCAUCCGUCUAGCGACUGUACUCUACAUAUUUAUCAUUCAAGGUCCGACAUAUUACUCGCACGCUGUGAUAUUCAGCACGAUCGUCAAUCAGCUUAUGAAAAGUCUGAAAAAACUAGCCCCAUACGCCCAGUCCUACAACACUGUCUUCAUUUGGCUUCUAAACAUAGGCAUCGUUGCCUCACAGGGGACACAGCACUACACCUGGUUGACUGGCUUGGCAAGAGACGUUGUGGCAUUGACCCAAGUGAACAGUUGGGUUAGUGUGCUUGCCCAUCUCAAAAGUGUUCUCUGGCUGGACAUAGUCCACGGCGAAGACAUUUUCCGACCACAUUGGGACACAAUUCUAGGAAUCUCAAGUUGAAAAAAGGUCGAUACUCAUGUUCUGAGUCUCAACAAAGUGCAAAUAUACCGAUUGAUUGAUCAAGCUGACCAUUCGCAGCUUGCGAGCAGGUGUGUGGGCCGUAUACAAGAAUGGAGAGUUUGUCGGUCACGAGGAGGUGGAAGAAGGUGGUUCAAUGGAUGUCGAGUCUUCCGUAUCUGGCGAGCAUUUGGAUAUGGUGUUUAUGCAAGUUCGAUCCUUGGGAGCAAGGAUCUAGCGGAGCUUCCAUCUUGGAAGGUUAGAGUGGAUUAGAGGUUCAAGUUUCUGGGCAUUGAAAAGGCUGACAGGAAGCAAACUAGCGACUCAAUAUUUGUUAUUGAUUUUAGCUUGGAUUCUUAGGGUACUAUGAAAAUUUUCUUCGAUUGAUCCAAGGU